CAUUCUCGUGUCGUCGUGCCGUGCGGUGUGUGAUGUGAAUAUACUUUGCGAGCGAGCCAGGAAGCCGAGUCCGAGUGCCACAGCUACUACCGAGUUGAGUCGACGAAUCUACUACCAAAGCCGCGUUCCGUUCCGGUCGGUGUGUGUCCAGCGAAGCCAGCCACUGUCUCAUCAUUCGAUUAGUAGCAUUUUCCGCGACUGGCAGCAGAUCGAAGUUCCGCGUUUUCGUUGCGCGUUCUCCAAGAGUGUGCGGUGUGUGAAGAUUGUGGUGCGGUUCUCGGUCCAUCAUCAGUCGGAGAGUGCUCGGAAUUUGGAAUUUCGGAAUUGGGUGUGAGCCGAGAAAGCUCGAAGCUUCGAUCAAAUCGGAACUACCAUCGAAAAUCUCGGACGAGGACGCGGGGGUGUUGUUCUUGCUCUGUAGUGCUCUGAGAGAGAGAGGCACAGUUGUAUAGUUCUGCGUGUGUUUCUGAAGUGAAUCAUCCGAUCAUUCGCGUUCGCGAUCGCCGCGGGUGUGCGCGUCGAGGCCUCUGUCUGUGAGUAGUGAGAAGAUUUUCACCACGCCGGUGUGAUCACAGAUUCGGAAGAAAAUUCCCAAAUUGGGCCCAAAGUGUGAAAAGUGAGUGUGGAAGUGAGUGUCUGUGUCGGAGGGAUUGACGUCAGUGCUCCGAAAAAAUAGGAAAAACAGAAAUAUUCCAAGAUCGCUUCCAGCGAGCGGAACUAAUCUAUUCUUGACGAUCACCAGAGUCGCCAACGAGAACGACAACGACGCCGACGACGAUCAGGUUUUGAUCCAGUUACUACCACAUAGUACCAGCGUUAACUACUAUUUAGUAGCAAUCGCAGAGAGCGCGCGAGUCACAGCUCGUCGCCUUUUUACCUACAGUCAUAGUCAGUGAGUGAGUAAUUGAGUGAGUGGCGGCAACCGAACGGAACGAAACCACAGACGAAAAGAAGGUCGAACUCUUACCAGGAGACACAGAGGAGCAGAACACACAACAAUGUCCGACUACGAUCUGGAUGUGGAUAAUCUGAUACAGCGGCUGCUGGAAGUGCGAGGAUGUCGACCGGGCAAGGCGGUACCCAUGUCAGAAGAAGAAAUCCGUGGACUGUGCCUAAAGUCGCGAGAAAUUUUCCUACAGCAGCCCAUCCUUCUUGAGCUGGAAGCACCCCUGAAAAUUUGCGGUGACAUCCACGGCCAGUACACAGAUCUGCUGCGGCUGUUCGAGUACGGUGGAUUCCCCCCGGAGGCCAACUACCUGUUCCUGGGCGACUACGUGGACCGAGGCAAACAGUCGCUGGAGACGAUCUGCCUGCUGUUGGCCUACAAAAUCAAAUACCCAGAGAACUUUUUCCUGCUGCGGGGCAAUCAUGAGUGUGCCAGUAUUAAUAGGAUAUACGGAUUUUACGACGAAUGCAAACGGAGGUACAACGUGAAGCUGUGGAAAACCUUCACCGACUGCUUCAACUGCUUACCGAUUGCGGCCAUUAUUGACGAGAAGAUCUUCUGCUGCCACGGUGGGCUGAGUCCGGAUUUGAAUCAUAUGGAGCAGAUCAGAAGAAUCAUGAGGCCAACCGACGUUCCCGACACUGGGCUGCUGUGCGAUUUGCUGUGGAGUGACCCAGAUAAGGAUGUGAAGGGCUGGGGCGAAAACGAUCGCGGUGUGAGUUUCACCUUCGGCGUCGACGUGGUGUCCAAGUUUCUCAGUAUGCACGAUCUGGAUCUGAUCUGCCGGGCGCACCAGGUCGUCGAGGAUGGGUACGAAUUCUUUGCCAAACGCUCGCUGGUCACGCUCUUCUCUGCUCCGAACUACUGCGGAGAGUUUGACAACGCCGGUGGAAUGAUGUCGGUCGACGAGAAUCUAAUGUGUUCAUUUCAGAUCCUGAAACCAUCGGAGAAGAAGGCCAAGUACCAGUACUCUGGCACGAACGCGCAGCGACCGCAGACGCCCCAGCGGAACCAGAAUCAACAGCUGCCGCCGAGCAAACGGAAAUAAUAAUUUCUCUCCCUUCUGAAUCGCUAUCUGACCCGACGACGGCGCGGCGGCGGCGGCAGUGGUGGUGGUGGCGGCGGAAGCAGCAGCAGCAGGAAACAAAAAGCGUCAUCAUCAUCGUCAUCAUCAGCAGCAGAACCUGCAGGAUCGGGACCAUCUGAUCUGGCAAAUACCCCACCCGCUCCACCACCACCAUCGUCUCUGUCUUCAUCAUCAUCAUCAACCGCAGCAGCAGCAGCAGCAUCAUCAUCAGCCGUCCCCGUCGGCGCCGGGGCAGGUUUGUCCGAUUCAUUCUCCAGCAGUAACAGCAGUAGUAGCGCCCUAGAAAACCAAAAUCACCACCCCCGCCAUUAUCAGCAGCACUCCCGACGACCGUCCUCUUCCUCCCAGCAACAGCAAUCGCCAUUUAUGGGCCCCUCCUGUGAUUAUGAACCAGUAAGACACGUGCACUACAGUAACAACCAUCACCACCACCACGAAGACGACGACGAUCCGGAACCGAACGAGGAGGAGUACGAGGAAGAACUGAUUGUAACCAUACCACCCCCUCCGCCCCCUCCCGCCCAGGUAAUGGUGCAGCAGUUGCACUCGUUGCGUCUGCACUCACCAUCAGUAGAAUCAUCACCGUCACCGUCAGCGUCAGCAUUGCCACCUCGGGCCGUAACCGUACAAAUCGCCGUUCCUCCGCCAUCUAGUUCUAGUUCUUCCGCCUCCGCCGGAUCACCGUGGGUACCGCUGAAGUCGUCGUCGUCGUCGUCCUCUUCGGCACCCUCAUCAGCAUCAUCGACAGCACCGAUCGGCGGCACCGGUGGGCUUCCUCCGCCGCUGCAAUCUGCAUCAUCAUCAUCGUCAGCGUCAUCGUCAGUAACGUUCUCCACCUUUCGGAGGGUUCAUUGAUGGGGGUUUUAAGGGAGGGACGCAUCCAAAUUUCUUCGAUUUAAAAUUUGCAGUAGAGAGAAUUAGGAUUAGUGCUUGAUUAGCUUUCUUUUUUUAGGUUCGUCAAAUGAAGCUUCGGAAAGAAGCUUUCUCACACGCAUACACAAGAGUAAAUCACAACUGAGUCAUUUUAGUUUUUAGAGAUGAACUUUUGUACUUUUUCUUUAUAUUUUAGAAGAUGUUUUUUUUUCUCUUUUUCUUCAGUUUGAUCAGGUUAAAAAACAAACAUUCUCGAAACGUUGGGCUUAAGUCACAGAAAACAGAAGAAACAAAUGGAACUCCAUGAAAAAUUUCUGAGCAUAAAUACAGCACGCAUAUGGACAGCGAAAAAAAAUCAUGUGGUUGAACAAUUGUUUUGUGGAGAAAUCCGUUUUUCCAUGAAAUUGGUGAAUCUGUUUUUUUUUUAACUUAUCUUUUUUUGUAGUUUCAAAUCAUUUUCUUCUGAAAUAACAACGUAGGUAUUACAUUUUCAACUGAUUCUUCUGGGUCUAUUUGGGUUCUGGUUUCACGCUGCAUAUCUGAGCACUGGCAUGUUUUUAAACCAACCAGAAUGAAGAACAGUAGCGUGAACAUCUCUACGGCGACUCGAAUGGAAUCGGGCGCUCCGAACACAAUGCCAUUGAAAUUGUUACACGGUCGUCCCGAUGUUCUUCAAUGUUGUACCUAAACCAGAGAGUAUCCGGUAUCAGUAGGUCGACUCUAGAGGCACGUUCCCCUCCGUUUGGGAAAUUUGUGCCAUAACUACUCUUGCGUGGUCAUCCUGAUCAAUACGAUUGUCGUUUUCUUACCAAGCGUGGUCGUCCCAACGUACUUGUUGUGUCUAAACAGUAUGUCAAGCAUGGUCGUCCGACCAUUUCAGCUAUUGGGUGGUCGUCUCGACGUGCUUCAAUACUGCACUUAAACAGUGUGCAAAAUGCGGUCGUCCCAAACAACAUGCCAUGUCAACUCUUGCGUGGUCGUUCUGAUCAAUACGACUUUGUCAUUUCCUCUAGGGAAUGUGCAAAGCGUGGUCGUCCCGACGUGCUUGCUAUGCCUAAACAGUGCAAUUCAGGGUUGUCUCGAACAACAUUCUAUUUCAACUGCUGUGAGGUCGUCCCGACAUGCUUUAAUGCUGUGCCUAAAUAGUGUACAAAGCAUGGCCUGGCCAUCCCGAACAACAUGUCAUUUCAACUGUUGCGUGGUCGUCCCGAUGUGCUUCAAUGCAGUGCCUUAACGGCAUAAACAGUGUAUAAAGCAUGGUCAUCCCGAACAACAUGCGUGAUCAUCCCGAUCUCGAUGCGACUUUGUCAUUUACUUGGGAAAUAUGCAAAGCCUGGUCGUCCCGAUAUGCUUCAAUGUUGUGUCUUCAUCCAUCACAUUGACGUGGAAACAGCCUUCCGUAUGGGGACUCGAAGGAAGACCACUACAUGGCUGUUCCGAAUGGUGUGGCCAGUAAACCCAAUCAAGUCUGCAAGUUGGAAUAAUCUCUGUAUGGUUUGAAGCAGAGCCUUAGAUCCUGGAACGAAAAGCUGAACCAUUUGCUGAUCAUUUGUCCACUCCAAACAUGACUAAUGUCUUUACGUAAGAAGCAUCGACAAAUAGACGAUGGAUUAGUGUACUUCAUCAUCUGUGUUAACGAUUUGCUACUUAUUGGAAGUAUACCCUCCACUCGCAAAACAGUCCCAUAUGAAAAGGAAAACCAGCAAAGAUGGAACUGUUAUGCGAGUGGUGGCAGUAUACGUCUGACAAAAGAAGUCAAGCAAGCUUUAUAAUGUCAGUUCCAAAUAUCAAAACGUGGGUAAACUCAAGAAGCAGCAAUCAUUUAAGCUCUAGCAACCAAGUUUAGACUCAAAAACUGCGCAAAGCAGUCAAGACACCGAUUGGUCAUCAUACCUGGAUGAUUCAAGAGAAUGUGUUGAUCGUCCUAUGAAGUUUGGUGUACCGUACACAAUGUUGUGCGUUAGGCCUGACAUCAUGAGGUUCACUAGCAAAUGCCGAAGAAAAUCGUACGCUAUUUGAAAGGUUCCAAACCCAUGAGGCUGAAAUAUUAACGCCCAACAGAGAAAGAACGAAUCUGCGCUGAUUGGAUUCGCUGAUGUUAAUCAGUUGAUCGAUAGACAGAAGGAAAUUCUUGUGGAAUCUCAGAAAGAGCUCUUCGAGGAUUCCCAGAAGGACGUCAUGGAGAAAUUCCAGAAGGAAUUUCUAGAGGAUUCUCAGAAAGAACACCUGUACAAUUCCCGGACGUCUUCCAGAUGGAAUUUUUAGAAGAUUUCCAGAAAAAAAAUCCCAUGGAAGAUUUCAGGAAGUUAGUCCAGGAAGGCUUUUAGAAGAAAAUUCUGAAGGAUUCUUAGAUAGACGGCCGGAGGAUUCCUAGAAGAAACUCCUGGAGGAUUUCCAGAGAAAAACUUGAAGGUUUCCAGAAGAAAUUUGUGGAGGAUUCUCAGAUACAACUCUUGGAGGAUUCCCAGAAGAAACUCCUAGAGAUUUUCAAAAUGCAGUCCUAGAGGAUUCCCAUAAGGAACAUCUGAAGAAAUUUCAGAAGAAUUUUCUGGGAAUACCUAGAACAGACUUCUGGAAGAUUUGCGGAAGGAAUUCCGGGUACGCUUCCAUCAUAAAUUCCUGAAAUAUUUUCGGAAACAGAUUUUGCAGGAUUUCCAGAAGUAUUCCUCGAGGCUUCUCAGAAGAAACUGGAAGACUACCAAACGGAAUUCAAGGAGGGCCUCCCAAAAGGAAUUUUUGAAGGAUUCCCAGAAAUUAUUUUUGGAUAAUUUCUAGAAAGAUUUCCUGGGAGAUUUUCAGAAGGAAUUCCAGGAAGGUUUU